AUGUCGACAAUACAGGGCCUGCUUCAUCCUCACCAUGUCUCCCUCACCCGGCGCUCGUACUCACUGCAAACCCUUUUGCAGUCCUUGACAGAUCGCGAUCCAUAUUACAUGAACGAUCCGGCAACUUCUUAUAAAACCGUUUCCGUACCAAGAUUCAGUGUCACCGAAACAGAGAGGGACUACAUCUUGGAGGGCGAGUUGCCGGGUGUAGCUGACAAAACUAAAAUUGAUGUCGUGUGGCUACAAAACCAUGUGCUUGUGAUCCAUGGAAUCAUCGAGCCCAUCGAUACGAAAAUAGCUACCGGCGCUACGAAAACGGAGGCGCCGGCGACGGAGCCCACGGAAACUUCAGGUCAACCGUCAGACAAGCCUGAUGCAAAGGCGACGACUGCUGGGCAAAAGUCUAUCUUCCCGCGACAACUUCUACACGAGAGGCACGUUGGGCCGUUUGAGCGAUCGUUCACAUUUCCGGAUGAGGUGGAAGAGGAUAAUAUGAAGGCGAGUCUGAAGGAUGGGUUGUUGACGGUGGUGGUUCCGAAGAAGGCUCGGUCAACAUCGGGGGACAAGAAGGUUGAUGUUCAGUAA